UGCCCCUUCUGCAGCCCGGACAUAUUAAGAGGCUGGGAGCUGGGCAGCUCCCGGCGUCGCGGGGCUCGCUUCCCUUUCCCUCCUCUCUGACCCACCCUCCUCCCGCCCACUGCUCCCUCCUCCCUCCGCGCCCUCCAUCCUCCGCGCCCCAGAGCAGCCAGACAGCCUUCCAGGAUAAUGGAGUUUCUGAGUGAGAAGUUUGCCCUUAAGAGCCCGCCAAGUAAAAACAGUGACUUUUACAUGGGCACAGGAGGCGCGUUGGAGCACGUUAUGGAGACGCUGGACAAUGAGUCCUUUUAUGGCAAAGCGACGGCAGGCAAAUGCGUGCAGGCCUUCGGGCCGAUGCCGAGAGCUGAGCAUCACGUGCGCCUAGACAGGACCUCGCCCUGUCAGGACAGCAGCGUGAACUAUGGGAUCACCAAAGUGGAAGGACAGCCUCUUCACACCGAGCUGAAUCGAGCAAUGGAUAGCUGCAACAAUCUCAGGAUGUCUCCUGUGAAAGGGAUGCCAGAGAAGGGUGAGCUGGAUGAACUUGGGGACAAAUGUGACAGCAAUGUAUCCAGCAGCAAAAAAAGGAGACACAGAACUACCUUCACCAGUUUGCAGCUGGAGGAAUUAGAAAAGGUCUUCCAAAAAACCCAUUACCCGGACGUCUAUGUCAGAGAACAGCUUGCACUGAGAACAGAGCUCACCGAGGCCAGGGUCCAGGUUUGGUUUCAAAAUCGAAGGGCCAAGUGGAGAAAAAGAGAACGAUAUGGCCAAAUACAGCAAGCUAAAAGCCAUUUUGCUGCCACCUAUGACAUAUCAGUUUUACCAAGGACUGACAGCUACCCACAGAUUCAGAACAAUUUGUGGCCGGGGAAUGCAAGUGGUGGUUCUGUGGUUACGUCAUGCAUGUUACCACGUGAUGCGUCCUCCUGCAUGACACCUUAUUCUCACUCGCCUCGGACAGAUUCCAGUUACACGGGAUUUUCAAACCACCAGAAUCAGUUCAGCCAUGUGCCCCUCAACAAUUUUUUCACUGACUCUCUUCUCACUGGGGCUACCAACGGACACGCAUUUGAAACAAAGCCAGAAUUUGAAAGGAGGUCUUCCAGUAUCGCUGUUCUGAGAAUGAAAGCCAAGGAGCACACCGCCAAUAUUUCAUGGGCCAUGUAACAUACAGUACUGUUUUAUUUUUCUUUUCAUAGCAAAGUAAGACAUUCUUAUUUCUCAUAUUUAAUGGGUACCACAAUAAGCUGCUGUGUGUGGAAGGCUAACGGUCAAGAUAUACAGUGAGACCAGCUUAUAUGAAUAGUUGUUAUUAUUUAACAUUAAAAUCUAAGAAUGGACCUCUGAAAGGACUAAAUAGGUUUACCAUGCACUAGCCUCCACAAACUCUGUUUUAGUAGUAAGUUUUUUUUCCUAUUGUACAAGUCAAUGAAAUAUGGUCAUGCAACUUCUUAAAGGAAUAAAUGUAUUAAACAAA